GAUCAAGGAAAAUUCCACUUGCAGACAGACUUUUUUUUCUCACUUUUAGAUGCUAACAGGGCGCUUCUGUUUUGCGUUCUGUUCUUUCAAUCUUACCUGCUGUCAUAGAAAUUAUCUUUCAUGAGAAUCUUCUCUAGAAAUUCCUAAAUGCUUUUAGGGGUCGAGCUGUCAGAUGAGCUUUCUUGAGACAUAGUUCCUAACACGCAGUGACUGCGCAGAGCUGAAGUCUCUUCAUCCUGCCGUAAUUAUCUGCAUUGCUCAAAGUGACGCUGCUGGGGAAUGACAACCAUGGAUAAAAGCAUAGGAAUCAACAGAGCUGCAAAGAAUACCUUGGCGAAGGCGCUAUAUGACAACAAGGCGGAGUGCUCAGAUGAGCUGGCCUUCCGCAAAGGAGACAUCCUGACGGUUCUGGACCAAAACGUCCUUGGCAGUGAUGGCUGGUGGAAAUGCUCCCUCCACGGCAGGCAGGGCCUGGCCCCCGCUAACCGCCUCCAGCUCCUUGCCACCUCUCAGGCUGUCCUCCUGCCUCCUUCCACCCGAAGCGACUCUGCAGAGUCGCCAGCAGGCCAACAGAACAUUUACCAGGUUCCCUCCAUCCCCAAGCCUACUGUAUUAUCGUCUACCUAUGAGAAGAUGGAGGGGUGGGUUAAAUCUCCAGCCAAGGUCUCUACCCAACCUGCCCAAGGAAUCUACCAGGUACCAGCCUUGGCCGCACAGCUGCUCAGUGAAAGGACCAAAAGCUCAACAAGCCAGCACCUGUUUACUCUCCCGAGAGCAUGCCGGGCUUCAGUCCCAAAUAUCAGGAGUGAAAUGUACGAUGUUCCAUCCGCACAGCGCCGGGAGUCCUUACUCACGCAGAGCGGUGCCACUCCACCCACCACACGAAAGGGCUCUGUGCUGGUUAGAUCCACUGAGGGUUUCCAGGAAGAGCAGAAGCAGCUUUACAACAUCUCGUCCAGUCCAGAAAAGGCAGGAGCUGUUAGCCAGAAAGACUCAUCAGUGGGCAACUUAUAUGAUGUCCCUCCCAAAAGAGAAACUGAUCUUUCAGAAAAUGAGUCUCAGAAAAAUUUCUGGGGCCACUACAAUACCUUGCCAAAUCCUCGAAAGUCAGAAUGGAUUUAUGAUAUUCCAGUGUCACCUGAAAAAACAGGAUUAAAACAAAAACCUACUGGCCAUUCCUUGGAGAACCAGGUGCUGUAUGAUAUACCACCUGCCAGGUACAAGGCACUAGCAACAAAUACUGAAGGCAAAGUUGUAAAUCCACAAUUAUAUGAUAUUCCACCAACUCAACGGAAAUUAACAUUUCCGGAUAUCCAUCUUUAUGAUGUUCCGUCCUCACGGGAUGUCCUCCUUUUGCCACCAAACGGUAACUGUGAUGUACCCUCAAGUCUCCUGGCUCCAAAGGCUGAGAAUCAGAUCUCUGAAGAGAAUGUUUAUGAUAUUCCAAAAGGUUUCCCCACCACUUUGCAGUCCAAGAAAGAGACGGAAAAAACUGGUGAUAGUUCUGGAGACCAAGCAUACAGUGCUUCUCCACAGCUCUCAAGAGAUGCCAAAUUAGAACAAGACAGAUUAUCUGUGUCUAGUGUGGACAGCAGAAGCAGCACACUCUCUACAUCCUCAAACUCUUCUGCUGAGUCUUUUUCUAUGUCAUCCUCAGAAGAGCCUGCCAAAGAAAUUAAACUGGACCUUGACAUAGCCAUAGAGACACUGACUAAAUUGCAGCACAGUGUGUCCAGCUCGGUUGCGAGUUUAAUGAUCUUUGUGAGUAGUAAAUGGAGAUUACAAGAGCACCUAGAGAAAAGCAUUGAAGAAAUCCAUAGAGCAGUCGAUCACAUAAAAGUAUCACUGGGAGAAUUCUUGGCCUUUGCUCGAGUCAUAAAGGUAAAUGCCUCUUACCUCACUGAUAACAACCUUCAGACCAGAAUUAAAAAACAGCUAGAAAUUCUUAUGAACUCAUUCAAAAUCUUAACGGAAACAAGAGAAACCCUAAACAACUGCAACUGGUCACUGGAGGCUUUGGUCCUCAGGAAACCUCAGAACAACCCAGAUGAUCUUGAUCGCUUUGUUAUGGUAGCCCGCACGAUUCCAGAUGAUAUCAAAAGGUUUGUAUCUAUCAUCAUUGCCAAUGGAAAGCUCCUCUUCAGAAAGAAUGAGAAGGCACAAGAAAUGACACAAUCAAAUGUGAACCCAGAAUACAAAAUGGUGAAACAAAUCAUCAUGCCAAGAAGAAUAGAAACAGAUUCACUUCAAAGAAAUGCUUCUGAUAAGCCCAACCAAAGUCAAGUCUCUUCUGAGAAACCAAAAGAAAAUGACACUGAGGACUGUGAUUACGUUCAGUUACAGGCACAGAAAAUCCUUUCAGACAAAGAAGUAGCAAAGAAGAGUACAGAUUCGAAACCAAAGGUUUUGCCAUUUGCAAAAAAGACUGACAUUCAAAGCAAGCAGGAUUCUGCAAAGAAAAUUGCUCUCCCCGAGCACUGUAAGCUGUGUUUCAGUGCACUGCACAAGGCAAUUGGUGUGUUUACUAAUAGUCUGAGCAACAAUCAGCCACCCGAAAUCUUCAUAUCCCACAGCAAAUUGAUCAUUAUGGUUGGACAAAAGCUGGUGGAUUCUCUCUGCCAGGAAACUCAAGAAAAAGAUGCUCGGAACGACAUUCUCCACAGCAGCAGCCGGUUUUGCAGCCUCUUGAAGAAUCUGGCUCUCGCCACCAAAAAUGCUGCAAUACAAUAUCCCAAUGCAGAUGCCAUGAGAGAACUUCAGCAUCAAGCUGAGGAGCUGUUGAAGUACACACAGCAGUUUAGAGCAAUGAUGGAAUGAAAGACACUUUGCUGGUUUUACACAUUCUGCACUGUUUUUGCUCCUUUGGCAUGUGGUAGCCAAGGGGGUCAAAAGCACCUCAGUGACACCAACUUUUUCACCUCUAAGAACUCCUGCCAGGCAGUUCCCUGGGUGCACUGGGUGCCGGUGCACUUCUAGCAGGUGAAAAUCCACACAACAGCAGAUGCAGAACAGGAUUUGUAGAAUUAAAUCUAUACUUUCUUCUCCAUUAUUCAGAUCCUGCUUGGAAAUGUCAUCUUAGUGGCUGGACAGGAAUGUUUGCUGUGUAUUAGAGCAAAAUUAUUUUAUUAUCUGACUGAUUUCUUAUUUUUCAAUUUCUAUAUAGGUCAGAGAAAUACUUUUUCCUCUUUUUUUUUUUCUUUUUUAAUUGGGUAUGUAAAGGCUGUCUUUAAAUUAUGCUGCACAACAUUUUGUAACUUACAAUAUCCCAUCAUCAAUCGUUUCCUGAGGACUUUACUCAAAAUUCGUAAUUACAACUUUUUUUUUUUUAAACAGCUGCAAAGCUAAUUUUUGUUUUUAAUACACAAAUGCGGUGAAUGUUAUUAUGGGACAAAAAUCUGUCAGGUACUACACAUAGUACACAUAGAUGUGCAUUGCUCCAACUGAAACAGAACUGGAUAUGCAGAGGCUUUGGGACAAGCUCUUCCUAUGAACUGGAAAAGGGGCGUUAUUUCUUGUUAGGCACCCAGAGCACCCGGGCUGGCAAGGCUGCCCAGGGCUUCUUACACCCGCCAUCGCUGCAUCCGUCUGUGUUGCUCAUUAAAUUAUCCCUAAAUUUGCUGGAUCUGAAAUACAACAAUGGAGGCCCUCUAACCACCCCUGUAGAUUGUUUGUAUGCCUAUGUUAUUUGUAUUUUUCCUAAUUAAUUUAUUUUAAAAUUUUUAUGUGAAAUUUUGGCCUUUCUUAGCAAUGUUUUACCUGUGUCUUUGCCCUGAAAACGGACAAUUAGUUUUGUGAGUGGUUGCAGCUAAUUUGCACCACGCCAGUGCUUGCUCACGCGGUGUAUCUGUGGAAAAAAACCAGCUCCGUUGUCUUCCUCUGUUUUAUUUUCACUUGGCAGUUGCUGUGUUUUAUACCGUUAUUUAAACGUCGACGUUUGUAAAUAUUACUGUUUGCGUAGGUCAAUGCAGAACUGCACUUCACCUUGGCUUUGUAUGUUUUUAUAUUAAAUUCACUUCUGGAAGGACCGAGUGUUCACACCCUGCCAUCAUACACACACACCCGCCUCAGCUGCCCGGGGCAGGGCGGGCUGAGGGCGGGAGGCGCCUCCUCAGCAGCGGGCAGCCCCCGUUACCCGGGAGCACCUCAUCUGGCCUUAAAUCCCCCAAAAGUGGUUGUCCUGAGGGCCGUUUCCUCACAAAAUAUGGGGGGGAAAAAGCCCGCUCCGCCACGGCGCGGCCGACUGAGGGGCGGGCGGGUGAGAGGCGCCGCCGCGAGGCGGCGCUGCG